GUAAACAACAAAAUUGUCGCCCGUCAGUUUUUGGAUGAACACUGUUUGACAAAGUCGCACCCAAAUAUUAUGAUUUCAUGAACGUAUUGUCAAAUAAACAGCUGAAUAUUAAUUACGAACUUCUGUUGAUUUGGUUGGAGAAGAGAAAAUGUUGGAUUUAGAAGUGGUACCGGGCCGAUCUCUUGGAAGUGAAAAUUGGGAGUUCGUGCUUGGAAUGCCAUUUUCUCAAGCUGUGAAUAUUCUUCGUCGUCAGUGUCGGGUCAUCAAGGAGGUACAGGUCAUUUACUGCGAGUCGGUUCCUCUCGCUAUUGAUCUGGUUCUCAAUUUAGUUCAAGAUGGAAUUCGACUCAUCUUUGAUUCACACAUACAGCGUCUGCGAGUUAUUGAGGUUUAUAACUUGAGUAAAGUCAAGCUAAAAUAUUGUGGGAAGCAUUUCAGCUCGCCGCUUGUCCAGCCAACCAUUGAGCAAGUUGACAGUUCAUUUGGUGCCACCAAACCAGCAGUUUAUGACUCUCAACAACAGCUCUUCUCUAUCAACUUCCGAGGUCUAUCUUUCCUCUUUCCCAUCGCUGAGGACGCAAAGUUUGAGCCGAGUGUUCAUGGUUUGGGGUCCAUUCCAUUACCAAGUAAGAACUCUGUGUUAGUGAGUCGGAUCUACCUCUACACUGGUAGCAGUCUGGCGGAUUCCAAACGUCCGGCCAUUCCUGUCAGUUCAUUUUGUGGUAAUGUAUUCUGUGAGUUGGUUGAAGGAAUCAACGAAGAAGGUCUACCUGUUGGAUUAAAAUUCUCUCUUCUGACGGACGGUCCUGGUGCUGGUAAAUCACCAGAAUCCAAACAACGUCCGAUCAUCAGGACACUUCAGUUUGGAGACUCUGCUCAGGAUGUGAUAAGUUCCCUCGGAUGUCCGAGUAAAGUCUUCUACAAAUCGGAAGACAAGAUGAGAAUACAUUCCAAGACCUUUCACAAAGAUCAGCCAAGAACGUCCGACUAUUUCUUCAAUUAUUUCACCAUCGGAGUGGAUAUUUUGUUUGAUGCAGUCACACAUUGCGCUAAGAAGUUUAUUCUACAUAGCAACUAUCCGGGGCAUUAUAACUUCAACAUAUAUCACAGAUGUAACUUUGAGAUCGCUCUGCCUUGCGUGAAGGUUGGACUUGAAACUGAAACAUGUGAUGACAGUGCAGUUGUCAAUCUCACUACAUACGUCAAGUGGGACACGUUGAAGAAGCUUCUUGUCCGACAAUCUCAGAAGCCAGUGGUUCUAAACCGUGCCUCCUCAAUGAACACAACAAACCCUUUUGGUUCUACCUUCUGCUAUGGAGUACACAACGUCAUCAUUGAGGUGAUGCCAAACAGUCACAUAGCAUCCGUGACCAUCUGCGAACCUCAUUCAACAACAGGUACUGCCAUGGAAAUCUGAUUCAACUAGCUCCAAAAACAAUUUACUUCUUCAAACAAGUGAGAGACUUUUGAGCCGCUAGCGGUAGCAGACACAACAGUCCCUUUUGCGGCUCUGAGUGUCCCACACAUGCUCAGUGUUGCGCGUGUAGGUCUGAGCACGCGCACUACUGGUGAGCCGUCAAAAAGGAUUGUCCAAAAGUUUCCCAUUAUUAUUAACCAAUGCUUCAUGAAAAACAAAGUGUUUUGUAAUUUCAUAGUGUCAAAUUUUCCUUGCUAUGAAAUUAAGAUCGCUCUUGGGUUUAACACUAGCUGUUGAUCGCUCUUUGAUCGACCUUGCUGGACAUGCUGGAUCUGAUCCACUUUUGAUCGCCCUUUGCCGGAUCAAGGGUUUAAACGGGAUGUUUCUUGGCUUGGACAGCUUCGUAAACAGGGGAGCGACUAGAACUGGAGACCACACCCUGUGAGUCCAGAGCUUGCUUGAGAUCGAGGCUCUACAGAGCUGUCCAAACCACAGAGAACUUGCUGGUUCCUGACUAGAGGUCAUGAGUGCUACUAAAUUUGUAGAUUUUGGAUAUUUUCAAAAAUAUUGAUUCAGUAUUAGCUUCUUAGAGUUGAACGCUAGCUCUAGGUUUUUAAAAAUGUUGAUAUUAGUGGAGAGUUUGUAGUGUCAUUUUCCCUUUGCACGGUCAGCCAUGUGCGUGUAGAGCUUUGAAUCGGGUACUGCAGUGAAUAGAACGCUUAUAUAACUGUGAAUUGUCAUAGUAUGAUUUUCUUCCGAACAGAUACAUAAAUGAAAUACAAAUGAAGCAUAAAAUUGAGGUGCUUCAUGUACAUGCCCGAGUCGUACAAAGGUCGAAUUGGGGCAACCAAGUGUAUCAAUCAUCUAUAGACUUGUCUUAUAUCAAAAUACAAUUGUGAAGUCUUUAAAUGGUAAUGCUCAAUUGAUAUAACUAUCGCUUAUCAACAUUAAUUUUUCAUUGUAUUUGUAAAUUCAGAAUUCAUUUAUAUUUAUAACAUUUUAUUUGUCUUAGAUGACAAAUUGUACAUAAUGAAUUGUUUUAUCUUGAAAUCCAGACAAACUAAGAACAGGAGGUAUAUACAUUGACAGUUGACGCAGUCCUAAUGGUUGAAUGGUGGUUACAGGCCAUGUUUACUCUAAUAAUUUACUGUAGUAAUUUGUUGAUAAAUUUAAAGGCCAGUUGGUUCAUGCCCUUUUGUUGCUCUUUUACAUACGUAAGCUCACUAAGCACUAAAUUACGCGUAACUCACUCAAUGCGUCCUGGUACUCACUCUAAAGUCUAUUAGUAUGUGCGCUUUGAGAGCCACGAAAACAGAGCUCAAGUGUUUGACAGUAAUUGAAAAUUUACAAAACGGAAGUGUUUUUACUGGUUUUCCUGCAUUAUUGUGUUUUUAAACAAAAAGUUUUUAUGAAAUGGAAUAAAAGUAGUGGCUCGGUCUUAAACUGCCAAUUAAAACCUUGAGUGAUAAAGGACCUUGCCUUCCUGUCAGUCUUAUAAAGUGUCAUUUAAGACCUCAUCAUCACUCUUGUUAUUUCCUGAUUAAAUGUGGUCAUAUGAAGGCUGAAAUGUUGUAAAUAAAUUAAACCCAAUAUUGGAUUGUAAUGGAUUUCACUAGGUAAAAAAAUUCAACACUUUUUGAAUUGAACUUACUGAUUUUUUUUCCAAGCUUUUUGGAAAGUUAAAGAAAUAACAAUCUGUGUAGUUAUUUUAACUUAAUGUUUUUGUUUUAUUUUUGUAUUUUAUUGGUUAAUAAAAUUCCAGGUUGGCAUGAUGAAAAUAUGAAA